AAAAAUGAAAAGGGGAGCGUUAUCAAUUCAGAUAUGCUUAGAAAUCCAGAAACUCUGUCAAAACUGUUGAGGAACGAUGAAGCAAUUAGAUUUAUGCAACCGAUAAGAGGUACACCAGCAUACUGGUCAGCAACUCAGAAAGAUCUAUUUGCUAUGCUUAGACAGCUUGGAAUUCCAACAUGGUUUUGCUCGUUUUCUUCAGCAGAAUAUAGAUGGAAUGAUGCCAUAAGUUCUUUACUCAAACAACUCAAUGAUGAAAGAAAUCCGGAUUUGUUAGACUGGACAGAAAAAAAUGAAAUUUUGCGGAGCAAUCCCGUUACAGUGGCUAGAAUGUUUGAACAUAGAUUUCGUAUCUUUCAGCGGGAUGUUAUUCAUUCACCGUCAGAACCUAUUGGGAAAAUAGCCGAUUUCUUUCAAAGAGUUGAAUUUCAACAAAGAGGUUCGCCACACAUGCAUUGUUUAUUUUGGGUGGAAAACGCACCAAAAAUAGAUGUUGAUCGUAAGGAAGCUGUGACAGAAUUUAUCGACAGAUACGUGACAUGUGCUGUGCCAACUGAAAAUGAAGACUCUGAACUAAGAAAAAUUGUACUGGAUGUUCAACAACACAGUAAGAAGCACUCAAAGUCGUGCAAGAAAAAUGGAAAAGAAUGUAGAUUUAACUUCCCGAGACCUCCCUCACAGCGUACAUUCAUAACAGAAAAGCAUGAUGAUGACGAUGAAGAUGAAACUGCAGAAAUUCAAGAUGUGCACCAACGUAAUUCUACUUCAAAUCUUACCAAGUCUCAAGCAAAAGAAAUUUUAUUGAGUGUUUGGAAUAAGAUUCAAACUGAUUGUGAUGGGUAUGAGACAACAGAAGAUAUUUUCGAGGAUCUUUCUCUGAAUCAAGACACAUACCAAAAUGCAAUGAAUGUUUUGUCAGAAAAAUUGACAGUUGUCCUCAAAAGGCAUCCAAAUGAAUUGUGGACAAAUCAGUACAACCCAUGUCUUCUUAAAUGUUGGGAUGCAAAUAUGGAUAUACAAUAUGUUUUGGAUCCUUUUAGUUGCAUCGUAUACAUCGUCUCGUACAUCUCUAAAUCUGAAAGGGAAAUGGGAAUGUUAUUAAAACAAACAAACGUUGAAGCCCAAGAAGGAAAUCUGGAUGCCAAACAAACAUUAAAAAAAAUAGGAUCUGCAUAUUUGACGCACAGAGAAGUUACUGCGCAAGAAGCCGUCUACAGAGUUUGCAAUCUAAGAAUGAAAGAAGCUUCAAGGAAAGUGAUAUUCAUACCAGUUGGAGAAAACCCUACUCGAAUGACAAAACCCCUUUCACAAAUGAAGCGAAAACAAAAGGAUGCUAACGAUGAUUUACAAGACGAAAAUGACGAGGAUGACGAAAUUUUCAUGACAAACAUUGUCGAAAGGUACGAAAACCGACCAGACAACAAGAUAUUUAACAACAUGUGUCUAGCCGAGUUCUGCUCUGAUUAUCGCGUCCUUGCCAAAUCCCAAGUUCCAAAAGGGGUUAAUGAAAAUGUCUUUGAACUUCAAAAUUCUAAGGGAUAUGUUCAAAAGAGAACGAGAACAAAACAGGCAGUUGUUAGGUAUCCAAGAUUUAGCGCUGAAAAAACAUCUGAGAAAUUUUAUCAAUCUCGACUACAGCUGUUUCUUCCCUAUCGGCAUGAAACACAAUUAAAACCGGAAACUUUUGAUUUGUACGAAACAUUUUAUGAAAAAGGAUUUGUGAAGUUACAUGGCUCGAGAUCUGUAACAGCAGUAAAAAUAAUUGUGGAAACAAAUCAUGCUCGCUUUGCUCAGAAUGAAAGUGUUAUAGAUGAAGCUCAAGAGUUGUAUGAAAACAUAGGAGAACCGGAAGAUGCAUGGGCAAAUCUAUGCCCCGAGACAGAAAAAAAUAGAGAUGAAUGUGCCAUGAUGAAGUCAACACAGAAAACCCCCGAAGAUCUUGUAGAAAAUAUACCAGAUAUUGACAGCGAUUUCAACAAAGCUGAUGUGUUGUAUCAAGUACAACAACUUUGCGUCUCUAAUGAAGAAAUGUUGAAUAUUGUACAAAACUUGAAUCAAAUCCAACAAAACGUGUUCUACUUUGUGCGAGACUGGUGUGUCAGAAAAAUAGUAAAUGAAAACCCAGCUCCGUUCCAUAUAUUUUUAACAGGAGGUGCAGGAACAGGAAAAAGCCAAAUUGUCAAAGCUAUCAAUUUCGAAGCAUCACGCCUUUUCUCUAAAAGAUUGUCGUCACCAGAGGCUUUAUCAGUGUUGCUGACAGCUUUUACCGGCACAGCUGCAUUUAACAUUGGUGGCAGUACAAUUCACAGUGUUUUUUCUUUGACAAAGUUCUUGCCACUGCCAUAUGAACCAUUAAAAGAACAAACUUUAAGUGAAAUCAGAAUGAAGCUCUCAGACUUGCAAAUUCUUGUAAUAGAUGAAGUAUCGAUGGUGUACAAAAGACUUUUAUACUACAUCCAUGAAAGACUAGUGCAAAUCAAAAAAUGCAAAGACCCAUUUGGAGGCGUUAGUGUGCUUGCAGUCGGUGAUUUCUUCCAACUACCACCAGUAAAACAAAGAAAAGAUGAGAGACUAUAUAAAGACAAUGCAUCAUAUCCAAUUGACCAUUGGCAAGAUUUAUUUCAAGAAGUUGAAUUGACUGAAAUUAUGCGUCAACGCAAUGAUGUUCCAUUUGCAAGAGCUUUGAAUUUGCUGCGCACAAGAACCUUAGAAGAUCCUUUAGCAAAUGAAACACUUGACACAGUGAAUGAUUGUAUCAGAGAUGGUCCGGAAGAUGUUCUUCACGUAUACUCCACUAACGAUGAGGUAAACAAUUACAAUUUGAAUAUGCUAGAAAAGAAAUGCAAAGAUUUCAAACAGAUUGAUGCAAAAGAUUAUCAAAAAGAUAAAACCUCAGGAAAACUCUGCCUUAGAGAUAAACCGUGCAUAACCAAAACUGACAGUUUAUCAAGCUCGUUACUCUUCGCAGUUAAUGCUCGUGUCAUGUUGACGAGAAAUUGCGAUGUCAAAGAUGGUUUAGUCAAUGGAGUUAUGGGAUACAUUUCCCACUUUCAAUACGGAGAUGCAGAAAAAACAAACGUUACAGCUAUAGCUGUUAUAUUUGACAGUCAAAACGUCGGUAUAAAAACGGGAAAGCGAACUAAAAAUGGAAACAUGGUAUUGAUUGAAAGAAUUCAAGAAGAAAUUCUUGUAAGGAAAUCAAAUGCUAUUGUUAGACAGCAGUUUCCAUUAAAGCUAUCAUGGGCCUGUACAGCUCACAAGGUUCAAGGGAUGACUGUUGAAAAAGUUGUUGUCAACCUUGACAAAACAUUUGCUCCUGGCCAAGCCUAUGUUGCAUUAACGAGAGUAACUUCAAAAGAUGGAUUAUUCAUAGAAACAAACGACAGAGCAAAGUUAGCCAAAAAGUUGUACGCUGAUCCAGAUGUGAAAUCAGCCAUGAAAGACAUGAAAAAACUGGAACUUGACAGACCAUUUGAAGUUCACUCCAACAGCACCAUAGUUGUACUUCAUAACAUUCAAAGCCUGAAUAAAAACUUUUGCCACAUGAAAUGUGACAGGAGAUUCACAAAUGCGGACAUUGUUUGUUUAACUGAAACAUGGUUAAGAUCUGAUCAAGAAACUGCUCAUCUACAUUUGAAUGGGUUUCAAUUUCGCCAUCUUGCAAGAAUAGAAGCUUAUAGCAACAACGAUCAACACACGAGGUCAUUACGUAAUUCAAAAGGAGGUGGGGUCGCUUUCUAUAUCAAAGAAAACAAUGAGAGUCAGAUAAUUCAUCAUUCAAUCGAAAACAUUGAAGGCAUUGCUGUCAAGUUGUUGAAAAAAAACAUAGCCAUAGUGAAUGUUUAUCGGCCACCUACAUUGAACGUUACCAUAUUUUUGCAAUCUCUGAAAUCUUUAAUAGACACCGUAAGAUUACAAUGCGAAAUGUGCAUUUUCGUAGGAGAUUUCAACGAAGAUACAAAGUUAUCUGGCCCUAUACAAACUUUUAUGGAGCACAACGGGUUUAAGCAGAUAGUGAAUUUUUUCACAACAGAGGGUGGAACAACUUUAGACCAUGUUUAUAUCUCUGAUUCAAUUGAAGCGCACACAAAAAGAUUUUCUACCUUUUACAGUUAUCAUGAGGGUGUAUUUCUAUUUCUUUGAAAAUCCAUACUGGCAUGAGUUGGCAUGAUUACAGUAGAAUACUUUAUUAAAAACACGAUUUUACAAACUUUUACCAUAUUCUUAAGAUUCAUGUCAAAUUUGGACAAUUUUCAAUUUUUGUCAAGGCAAUUGUUAUAGCAUUAACAUUAUACACAUUUUUCCGGAUUGAGUUUGAAUUUUAGAAUAUUCCGGAUUUAUGGAUUCUGUUUUGUUAUUAGGAUUUUUCGCGGGACACGAGCAGAUUAGAUUCUCCCUAUUUCCUGUGCUCAAUACCAUUUAGAUUUACAAUGUUUACUAUGUUUGUUUCUACGAGAUAAAACUUCUAAGUUGUUAAUCACAUCUAGUCACAUCACGUGUUGUCCCAUCAAGUCACAUCAUCAUGCCAUUGUCACAAAUCAUCAUACUAGUUUUUCAAUGACUGAAUAAAGAUGUGCAUUGGCAACAAGUUGCCUCUUCAUUGAUGGUAGCCAGUACAGCAAUAUUAAGCUCAAGUUUCGUGAAUGUUUAUAUACUAGUAAUUACCAUUUGUUAUUAUUCAAAUAAGGUACAACCAAUUCAAACAAGACGCUUUGAAAAAACACAGUCUAUAAAUCAAUAUGUCCUAAAAAUGCGGUUUUGAUUAAUGUAAUAUAUUUUAUGGACUCUGUAAAACAGCGGUUUUAUAACCAAUAUUAAAGAAAAAGUCAAUGUAGAUUUUCCUAAUAAAUAAGAAAUAUUUGUACAACAUAUCUAGCUAAAUACGAAAUUAAAAACGUAGUAUUUUUUAAUAUUUCAAAGCUGAGACUGUACAAUAAGAUUUAGCUAAAAAAAACUGAACAACGAUUAUUAUUGAAAAGAUUAUAACCAAGGUUUUUCGCAAUCGAAGAAACAAGGUAUGCAUAAUGUUUAGCAAAUUCUGUACAUUUUGUAUAUCACAAAUUUUAAUGAAAACAGUUCAUGUUUUUCAAACAUUUUGUCAUAUUCUCUGUAAAAUCUUUCGUCCGAAUAUACGUUGUAUUCUGAUUUUUAAAAAAAAUAUUCUAAUAACGGAAAAGCAGGCAUGUCCAGAAAUUUUGAUUCCGCGUCCUGGGUUUAAAAAAUAGUGUAAUGUUCAAAGUAAAAUUAACUCGUACCAAAAAUAAUUGCUAAGUCGUACUUGAACACAUUCGGAUUUUAUUUGUUCAGUCGUUCUUAAAAUCGGAAAGGUUUUUGUUAAGUCGAACUUAAAAUCAUUCGUAUUUUGUCAAGUCGUACCAGGAAUAAUUCUAUUUUUUUCAUCUUUUUAUUUUUGUUACUCCUGUUAUUGGUUUAAAAGCUCUGCUUCUUACAGGAACUUCAAGCUUUACUUUCGACAUUAACGGAAGACCCACUCGUUGCUUUGCAACGAGCUUUGCUCUAGUUAUUAUUAUUUUUUUUCUUUUUCUUUAUUUUUCUGACUUUUUCAAAGCUUAAUAUCUCAAAAAGUUUUCAACGUAUUUACAUGAAACUUUCAGGGAUGAUGAAGCAU